AGGAAGUAAAAAUAAUUUUAAAUUGUGUAAUAUCAAAUUUUAGGUUACAAAUUUACUAUGAUUAAACUUUUAAAAGAUAAAUUGUUUUUUUUUUAUCUAAGUAUAUAAUGAAAAUUAAAUUAACCGAAUAAAGGAUUGUUUUAACUGCUGAAAUAAAUGUACAUCUUCCUACAGCUUAAAGAGUUUGUGUCAACUUGAAAUUCCUGAUUAUAAUUCAAAUAUGAAACCAGUAUUUGGUAUCCACAUUGGUAAUACAAACGCAUCUAUGGCUAUUUGCAAAGACAAUGAUCAUCCAGAUAUUGUUGCUAAUGACUCAGGUGAACGACUCACUCCAGUAAACAUCACAGUGACAGAUAAUGAAAUCUUGGUUGGUGCUGCAGCAAAAUCGGCAGCAUUGCACGACAAAACAACCAUAAGCUCAAACAAAACCGUAAUGAACAUGAAUGUUAAUCUUAUUAAGAAACUUCAAGACCACAAAAAAAUAAAUAUUACUGUGAUAAAUGAUGAAGUGUAUUACUGUUUGACUGUUGGAGGUAAAUUAAAGUACAUUACACCUACAGAAAUUGCAACACAAAUUUUAAAGAAAUUAUACCAGAUAGCAAGAAAUACCUUGAAUUCUAAUGAAGAGAAAAUUUCAUGUGUGCUGCUUGCUCCUGCACAUUCUUGUGAGGAGUUUUGUGAGAACUACAGGACAUCUGCUGAAAACGCAGGAUGGACAGUGAUACAGAUCGUAAACGAACCGGCUGCUGCAGUCUUAUCAUACUCGCUCUUGGAUACAAACAAACCUUUACAAACCAUAUUAGUCUACCGGCUAGGAGGAACUACAUAUGAGGUAGCAGCUUAUGAGAUGAUAAACGGAAUGUUGUUCUUAUUGAAUUCUGAACAUAGUGAAGAAAUAGGAGGAUUUCAUUUUACAAACACACUUUUUGAGUACUUUGCUGACGAGUUUCUUAAAAAACACAAACUGAAUGUUAAAGAAAACAGAAGGGCUUUGAAUAAACUAUAUUUAGCAGCAGAAACCUGUGUCCACAACCUGUCAAAAAUGUGGACUGCUAAUUGUUACAUAGAAUCCCUUCAAGAGGGAGUGGACUUCAUGGCGACUGUUUCUCGUCCACAGUUUGAACUGAUAAUUCAAUCGAUCUUAUCUGAACUAACAGAGCCUAUAAAGCAUGUUUUGAACAAGUUAGAGUUAGAGAGGCCAGUAGACAUAAUUAUCUUGUGUGGAGGUGCUACCAACAUUCCCAAGCUGCAGUCUUCCAUAACCAAUCUCUUCGAUCCCGAGGUUACACAAGUCUUGACCUGUCCUAAUCUUGAUGAGGUGUUGGCACUUGGAGCAGCCAAACAGGCUUACUAUUUAGAUCACUAUAAAGUAACAACAUUUUUACCCAGAUCUCAAGAGAUUCAUUUUUAA